AUGGCGACUGAAGCGCCCAAGACGAACGAUGACAUCGCCAUCCAAACUGCCCGAGUCCCAACACAGGAGACCCAACCGCAAUCGACGAUCGCAGACGAUACGAACAUUGGCCGGGAGCAGGUCAUCAAGAACGGCGUCGUGGUGAGCUCAGCUUCCAAGCCGCCCAAGAGGGAUUUCCGACUCGCCUGGCUCUACGUCUUCGACUGGUACCCCAGCCACUACAGCAAGCAGGAAAUCGCCCUUCUCAAGAAACAAGACCGUAUCAUUCUUCCUCUCAUGUACGUUUCACGGCGAGCUAUCUUCAUCAAAUGGCUCGAUCAGUCCAACAUCAGCAAUGCUUACAACUCGGGAAUGAAGGAGGACCUGAACAUUGAGGGAAUCGAGUACAACUUGUUCAGCACCUUUUACAACAUUGGCUAUCUCGUCCUCGAGAUUCCCUCCAUGAUGAUCAUCUCCCGCCCCAAGCUGUCACGAUGGUACCUCCCGAUCUGCGAGACCCUGUGGUCCAUCAUCACAUUUGUCCAAAGCCGCAACAACAGCAGUGAGAUGAUUUACGGUAUGCGAUUCCUCAUGGGCCUUUUCGAGACGCCUGCCGCCACUGGUUCGCUCUACAUCCUCGCGUCUUGGUAUCGGGCCGAUGAAGUGUUCAAGCGUGCUGGUGUCUGGUACGUCUCCAGCAAUAUUGGUGCCAUGUUCGCUGGCUAUAUGCAGGCUGCGGCCCACGCUGGUCUUGAUGGAAAGCUUGGCAUGCAAGGAUGGCGUUGGGUGUUCAUUGUGGAUGGCAUCAUCAGCCUCCCCAUUGCCAUUGCCGGUUUCUUCCUCUUUCCAGGUCUGCCCACCAGCCCUCGCAUCUGGUGGCUCAAGGAGGAGGAGCAAAAGCUCGCCCUUGCGCGCAUGCAAGACGAUGGCGUCAGAAAAAGCUCCAAGAUCGGCAAGCGUAUGCUCAAGCGUGUCUUCACCCACUGGCAUUUCUACUUUGCCGUGAUUACCUACGUCUGCUUCCAGUGCACUACGUGGGUUACUGGCCAGAUGGGUAUCUGGGUCAAGGACACUGGAAAGUAUUCUGUCGAGUUGAUCAACAUCCUACCCACUGGCACCCAAGCUGUAGCCAUUUUAUGUGGAAGUAUCAUCCCGCAAUUCGUCAUGGUAUACCCGAUAUGGAUGCCAAUCAUCUUCUCCGGUAGCAUUUUGAUCUUCUCCAAUAUCUGCCUUCGAAUCUGGUAUAUCCCCGAUGGCUUGAAGUUCGCAACCUGGUUUCUUUUGGGCCUGAACUCUUGCGUUACCCCAAUACUCUUCCCUUUCAUCCAUCUUAUCAUGAAGGAUGAUAACGAAGCGAAGAGCUUCACCACUGGUGCCAUGAUGACUGUUGGCUGGUCUUUCUUCACCUGGUACAACGUCGUUGUAUUUCCCAUCACCGAGGGUCCUCAGUGGAAGAGAGGAUUCACUGCCAGUAUCUGCCUUUGUGUUGCUUGGGUCACUCUUUUCAUGACCGGCUACCUGCUGUGGCAGCGUGACAUCAAGAAGGGCUUGUACAAGCAUGCCAUCGAAGAGGAGGAGAACGAGGAGAUACUCAACGAAAAGGUCGAGCAGAUUCAGGCCGAGUCCACCCACCUAGAGGAGAAGGAGAAGGAUAAAGAACUGAAAUAA